AUGAUCUAUGAUCGCUCUGAUAAGAAACGGAGCGACGCCAGAAUAGGAAGGAAACGGAGCGACAAUAGCGUAGGAAGGAAACGGAGCGACUCCAGAGUAGGAAGGAAACAGAGCGACGCCAGAAUAGGAUGGAAACGGAGCGACAAUAGCGUAGGAAGGAAACGGAGCGACUCCAGAGUAGGAAGGAAACGGAGCGACAAUAGCGUAGGAAGGAAACGGAGCGACUCCAGAGUAGGAAGGAAACGGAGCGACGCCAGAGUAGGAAGGAAACGGAGCGACGCCAGAGUAGAAAGGAAACGGAGCGACGCCAGAAUAGGAAGGAAACGGAGCGACGCCAGAGUAGGAAGGAAACAGAGCGACGCCAGAGUAGAAAGGAAACGGAGCGACAAUAGCGUAGGAAGGAAACGGAGCGACUCCAGAGUAGGAAGGAAACGGAGCGACGCCAGAAGUAGGAAGGAAACGGAGCGACAUCAGAGUAGGAAGGAAACGGAGCGACACCAGACUAGGAAGGAAACGGAUCGACGCCAGAGUAGGAAGGAAACGGAGCGACAUCAGAGUAGGAAGGAAACGGAGCGACACCAGAAUAGGAAGGAAACGGAGCGACGCCAGAGUAGGAAGGAAACAGAGCGACAUCAGAGUAAGAAGGAAACGGAGCGACUCCAGAGUAGGAAGGAAACAGAGCGACGCCAGAGUAGGAAGGAAACGGAGCAACGCCAGAGUAGGAAGGAAACGGAGCGACGCCAGAGUAGGAAGGAAACGGAGCAACGCCAGAGUAGGAAGGAAACGGAGCGACGCCAGAGUAGGAAGGAAACGGAGCGACGCCAGAGUAGGAAGGAAACGGAGCGACUCCAGAGUAGGAAGGAAACGGAGCGACGCCAGAGUAGGAAGGAAACAGAGCGACAUCAGAGUAGGAAGGAAACGGAGCGACUCCAGAGUAGGAAGGAAACAGAGCGACGCCAGAGUAGGAAGGAAACGGAGCAACGCCAGAGUAGGAAGGAAACGGAGCGACAAUAGA